AUGACAGGUUACUUUUUACCACCACAAACAAGUUCUUACACGUUCAGGUUUGCUAAGGUCGAUGACUCUGCAAUUCUAUCAGUCGGUGGUAACGUUGCGUUCGAAUGUUGUGCACAAGAACAACCUCCAAUUACAUCGACGGAUUUUACAAUCAAUGGUAUUAAGCCAUGGCAAGGAAGUUUGCCUGAUAACAUCGGAGGGACUGUCUACAUGUAUGCAGGCUACUAUUAUCCGCUGAAGGUUGUUUACUCCAAUGCCGUUUCCUGGGGCACGCUUCCAAUUAGCGUGGAAUUGCCUGAUGGUACUACUGUUAGUGAUGACUUUGAAGGGUACGUUUACUCUUUUGACGAUGAUUUAAGUCAGUCAAAUUGUACUAUCCCUGAUCCUUCAAAACAUACUACUAGCAUCGUCACAACUACUACCGAACUGUGGACUGGUACUUUUACUUCUACAUCUACUGAAAUGACCACCGUCACCGGUACUAAUGGUCAACCAACUGACGAAACCGUUAUUGUUGCCAAAGCUCCAACCACUGCCACCUCAUCCAGUUUGUCAUCAUCUUCUUCAGAACAAAUCACCAGCUCUAUCACGUCUUAG